AUGUAUAUUUUGAACUCUUUGAGAUUACAGAAGCGAUUACCAGAAGCUGUGCGAGUACAAUUAUGGUGCUUUCGUCGAUGCAAAGUGGCAUCUAGGGUCACCGAAUUGAAAAGGAAGACAAAUUUGCAUAGUAAACCAUUCCAAUAUGGUAAACAUGGAGGUCUAACCACUGGUGAUGAGCAACUAUUAUAUGAUAGCAAGAAAUUGGUAGAAAAAAUUACAGAUUUUGAUCAGUUGAAGGUGCUUCCAGAUGUGAGAACUUCAUUGAGGGCAAUAAUUGCCAGUGAGACAAUAGUUAACAAUUCACUGCACGAAGAGGAGUUUGAUUUAAGCAAUGGAAAGCUAAUGGAGUCUGCAGCAAAUAUUAAGCCCACUCCUAUUCAAGUGACUGUGAUUCAAAGAUUGUCGAAAAAGCUGAUGGAUCCAAGGCUGCAGGUUCAUUUGGUUGCAGCAGAGACAGGUUCAGGAAAGACUAUGUCUUAUAUCUUUCCUUUGGUAGACUACUUGAAAAGACAGGAAUGUGAGACUCCAGAGAGCUGGCUUCAAAUACAAAAUAAAGCUAUUAUACGAGCUGUGAUCUUGGUUCCAACUCAUGAACUGGUUGAGCAGGUUUAUGAUACAAUUAAAAAGUUGGAACCCGUUUUAGGUUUAAAAGCAUUUAGUUGGGAUAUUAAUACGCCUUAUCAAAUGUUUUUAGAUGCUCUAAAAGGUAGAAUUGAUGUGAUGGUGACUACUCCAGGGAAAAUAUUGAGUUUGUUCCGCAUAAACAUGAUUCAUAGGCCGGAUAGAAUACUUUCCCAAGUAAAGUUUUUAGUCAUGGAUGAGGCAGAUACACUAAUGGACCAGUCUUGGGUUGAAGACUCCUACGAGGUAAUCAAGAAAAUGCAGAAUGUCAACCAUUUAUUAUUUUGCAGUGCUACUAUACCUGUGGAAUUCGAGAAAACGAUCAAAAAACUUUUUCCCACAUUUAACGUUUUUGUCUCUCCAAACCUUCAUAAAAUUAAUAAAAAGUCUGAAAUCAAAGUUAUCAAUUCAUCUCUAAACCCUUAUAAGGGUUCUAAGAUUAAGGCUUUGGCACAAACAUUAUAUGCUAUUUUGAAAGAUAAUUCCGAUAAAGUGUAUGAAAAAAGAUGCGUUGUAUUUGUUAAUGAAAAGCAAUCAGUUCAAAGUGUCGUGACAACCCUUAGGGAGAAGUAUGGGCAUGAUGUUCAUGGAUUCAGCAGCACCGAUACUAUUGAGGAUAGGUUAAUAAAGAUUAGGGCUUUCACUCAGCCUCCUAUGCCCUUUGAAAAUCAAUUCAAAGAAAAACCUGUCUCAAACAAUAUAAAAAAGGUUCUGCCGAAUUCGAAUAUUGUACUUGAUAAAUUCGAUCAAAAAGAUACAAACAUGAAACCUGAGAAUAUGAAUCCUUUGAAAGUACUCGUUACCACCGAUUUAUUAGCUAGAGGAAUUAAUUUUAGAGGAGUUAAACACGUUGUUCUCUAUGAUAUCCCAGCAAAAUCUGUUGAUUUAAUUCACAGAGUUGGAAGAACCGGAAGAAUGAAACAAAAAGGUACCAUAUACAUUAUUGGAGACAAAAAACUAAAAGCUUGGGCCAAAGGGUUACCAUCCAUUGUGAAGAAGAACGUUGCAAUUCAAUAG